AUGAAGUACUCUCUUGCCCUCCUCUCCCUCGCUGCGGCGGCCGUUAACGCCCACUUCUCCCUCACCUACCCCACCUCCCGCGGCGACUCCGACGAGACACAAGCCGAAAGCCCCUGCGGUGGCCUCAACACGCCCUCCUCCGAGCGCUCCCUCUGGGGCAUUACUGGCGGCACCCUCAAAUUUGAAGCCGGCCACGACGAAGCCAAGACCGCCGUCUAUCUCGCCAUUGGUAACGAUCCCUCCGCGAAUGACUUCAACAUCACCCUCGAGAACGUCUUCAUGCAAAUUGGACUAGGCACCUUUUGCUGGAACACCUUGAGUAUUCCGGACGGGACCCCGGGCGUGGCCGACGGUGUCAAUGCCACUAUCCAGGUCGUGCAGGCAGGCCAUACGGGUGGAGGGCUAUACAAUUGCGCGGAUAUCACCUUCACCAAGGACCCAGUAAUGUUGACACAAGACUGCGUGAACGGGACCGGCGUCAGCGCCGAAGCUAUUGCUUCCUCCUCGACCGCCUCUGCUUCUACCACUACCGGCACCUCGACAUCGACAUCUACCUCCACCAGCUCCACUUCUUCUUCCCCCAACGCUGCCCAGAGCUCUAGUGCUGCGGCGGCGAAGCUUGCGGCCGGCGGUAGCGUGCUGUUUGCGGGUCUGUUGGCUGCGUUGGCUUUGUAG